AUGGACCUUUCCACCCUCACCGAUCUCGCACCACAAAGGCAGACCCAUAAAAAAGGCGCCUUCCCCUCUCCACAACAUGAAACGCUCGGAAACGUUACUUCUGCACACAUGGAUCAGAACCUGUACGGGAAUGCCAGCUACGAGGAGAACGGACGGCAGUAUCACGAGUUUCGCCGAGGUAUAUACAUGUAUCCGUGCGAUGAGGCAGAGCAGGAUCGCUUGGAUAUUUUCCAUAGAAUGCUUUUAGCGGCUCGUAGGACUCUGCAUUCUGUUCCAAUCAGCAAUGCCUUGCCGCCCAUGGGCAAUUUAAGGAGUGGCCCGCCAUCAGCUGUCGAUCAAGGCCCUCGAAUACUAGAUCUUGGCUGUGGAACGGGAAUAUGGGCAUUGGAUAUGGCCGCUCAAUACCCGCAUGCGUACGUUCUAGGAAUAGACCUAACUGCGAUGCAGCCUCGUGAGCAUCCGCCGAAUUGUAACUUUCUGGCCCCUCGAGAUUUCGAGAGUCCUUGGAGUUUUGGGGAGGAGCCAUGGGACAUGAUUCAUCUCCAGAUGGGCUGUGGAAGUGUGUCGAAUUGGCCUAGUUUAUACCAGAAGGUUAUACAGCACCUUCGUCCUGGGACUGGAUAUUUCGAACAGGUGGAAGUCGACUUUGAACCGCGUUGCCAUGACGAGCUUCCUGACCAGCCACUUACUCGAUGGUACAAAAACCUAAAAGACGCAACAAAUGAGGCGAACCGACCGAUCGCACAUAACCGCAGCACCACCCAUAUGUUGAAAGAAGCAGGCUUUGUGGACACGAAGCACGAUAUGGUUGGCCUACCACUGAACACGUGGCCCGAUGAUAAGUACGAAAAAGACGUCGGGAAAUGGCAUAGUUUUGCCUUCUCGAAGAGCAUAUAUGCUCUCAUUUUGGCCCCUCUCUUCCGAGUAAAACAUUGGACGGUCGAAGAAAUAGAUUCUUUAGCCCAAGAAACAUUUGGCGCACGACGUUCCGAACUUGUCAUCUUUCUUGUCCAACGGUCCCUGCCGUCUCGAGACAGCGGAGGCCCUUCCGACCCUUUAUUAGCACAGAAACUGAGAUGGCCCUUGAGCAGUCGGUGGUCUGGCGGGCUCGUUAUCAAAUUCGAAACACUAUACAUCUCUCGAUUUUUGAGAAGAAUCCGGAAUAUUGGACGGGGACGCACAAUGCAGAUAAAAUUGCAGCCUGAAAUUCUCUCGCUUUGGUCAACGUCUAAGCAAGAUUAA